AUGGACGCAAAGAAGCAGCAAGCUGAGCAAAACAGCGAACAACAGAACCCUACAAGACCGCAACCACAACCACAGCAGAAUGCUCAAGAGCCGCCUAAUGACGGGCAGCAACCUUCACAGCAACAACAGCAUCAUCCGCACUAUGAGUUAGCAUCGUUUCCCGGAAUAGCUCAUCCUACCACUACUGUUGUCGUUGACCCGGCUCUUCAAGCCGAUCCAACGAAAGGAUCUCCGGCCACUUUUGCGUAUAGUCAAGCAUAUAAUCUGAUUAUCCCUCCAGGGAGUCAUCCAUUUGUCAUCACACCAGGUACAGCAGGUGCUCCUGCUUCACAGGCAGGUCAACCUGCACCACCAACGGGAAUGGACGAGCACGAAGAGCCAUUAUAUGUCAAUGCCAAACAGUAUCAUCGAAUUCUAAAACGAAGGCAAGCUAGAGCGAAAUUGGAAGCUGAAAAUAAAAUAUCGCGAGGCAGGAAGAAAUACCUUCACGAAUCUCGGCAUAAGCAUGCCAUGCGUCGACCACGUGGUCCAGGUGGGCGUUUCCUGACUGCAGCAGAGAUCGCCGACAUGGAAAGUAAAAAGAAAGAGGAUGACAACGGGUUAGCCGGAAAUAUGGGAGAUUCGCAAACAAAUGUAAAUAAUGGCAAUGCGGAUGUACCAAUGGCGAAUGGGGAUAAUGGCGUCAAAAUCGAGUAA